GUUCAUGGAAACAGUAGCACGAUAUGAAAAAUUCUUUCUGCUUCAGCAAGAACACAUUCCAAAGGUCCUCAUGGCUUUCCUUGACGAUCGCGGCUUGAGACAUAAACAUCCGACUGUGCGCAGUCGUUGCUCUUACCUUUUUCUACGCUUUGUAAAGACGCUACGCAUGAACCUAAAGCCAUAUACGGAGGUGAUAUUGGAGAAUUUACAGGACUUGUUACAAAUUGAAAGUACGCAAGCAAAUGGUAAUCACGUCAUACUGACAAAUGACGAUAAAUUGUUUAUUUACGAAGCAGCCGGUAUCGUGAUUAUUAUGAGUAAUAUGAAGCCGGAGGAUAAGUUACUACUUAUGAAACGCUUGCUGGCACCAACUAUUGAGAAGUUUACAUUAACAUUUGAGAAAUUAUGCCAAGAGGAGGAUGUGGAGACACAAGAGAGUUAUGCCGAAACUAUCAGCUAUGCCAUUUCACUAGCAAGUCGAAGUAGCAAAGCCUUCCAUACUCAAGCUACGAUGAAACAGCAUGGGUGUGAGGCCUGCUACACAGAAGCCUUGGAAAUCUUUCUUCAAGCUUUGAAUACUCCUCACCAGCACCAGAUCCUACAUUCAGCAGUGCGCCAGUACUUACAUCGAAUGAUUGUCUGCUUAGGUGAGACUGUACUACCGUACAUACCUAUUGCAGUUCAACAUCUCUUAAAGCAGUGCGAGGCACGAGAUAUUCAGGAAUUUAUUCCACUUGUAAAUCAACUCAUUAGUAAAUUUAAGAGGGUCAUUUCCCCCUUCCUACGUGAGGUAUUCAUGCCAAUAGUGACCACUAUAUUCAACGUGCUUGCCCAACCAGCUGACCAAAUGGACAUGCAAGCUCGCAGGGACAAGCAGAGUCUUCAGAAAGGCUAUUUCAAUUUUCUACAAGUGUUGGUGAUUCAUGACCUUGCAGAGGUCAUGUCAAACCAAGAACAGCAAAACUUUGAGCAGAUACUGCUUACCAUUGUGGAAGGAGCAAUUGAGAGUCAAGAUCCUGUGGCACAGAAAACCUGUUUCAAUAUCCUGAAACGAUUGAAUGAUGUUUGGGGAAGUAAGUCAGUCUCCGCAAUGCCCUUCUUUCAUAACUUUCUCUACGAGUAUGUUAUUCCGUCAGUAUUCCGAGCUCCACUGCAUCCAUCGUUCAAUUUUAAUGAUGCCCAGUCUAUAUUGGCCCUUAAUGAAGCUACGCUUUUACUUGUGUCAUUAAAAGAGACAGAGGAACAAACUUUGUUGUCGUUUUUAGAAACAAAGUUCUUACCAGCUCAUCUUCCAAGUCAGAAAGUAUUGGAAUUUAUGAAUGCACUUAAAACAAUGGAAUUAAAACAGUUCAAGAUAUUUUUCAAGAACUUUUUCCAGCAGCUUAGGUGAUGACAGAUGGUGUGUUACCUCUCUUAAAUUAUAAUCCCAGCUGGUCAUGUAACGGUUACAUAGCUUAGCAUAUUUUGACAAUCAGCAGACUAUAUACUGCAUCAAAACCAAUCACUGAAUGCAUUUCUCGGAUGUUUGCAUUUGCAAUAAACCGUAGUGGUUUAACCACAGUGUUUAAUGCAAAAAGAGGAAUCGCAAACAUUUCUGCUUUGAUUCCUGAGUUACUCAAAAAAGGUAACUGUACUUGUUUCAACCUGGCAAACAAAAAUCAGGUCAGGACUCCAACAGGCACAGAGGGAUCUGAUUCAUCAUUUCUCAUCAUAUACUGUACUCUCCUACAAUCUACCAGGUCAUGAGACAACUAGAACUAGAUUUGUUUCUACUGUAUUAUGCAACUACAGGUCUCCCUCCAAAAUUAAAGACUACAUUUGGGACUGGGGUUUCCAUGGUCUCUAUUGGGUUAUUGGUAUUUAAUUAUAAUAAUAAUAAUAAAGAUAAAAAGACAUGUUAAUUUCGGACCACAAAAAAGUGGUCUUUAAUUGGAGAGGACUUACUAAGAGGGAGAUCAUGAAAAGAUAAUAUGUAAAAUGUAUUAUGUUCAAAAAAGUAAUCAAGAAAGCCUGAAGAGACUUAAUACAAAAAAAAUGUUUACAAUUUUAAUUUUUAGCAUGAAGGCUUAUUUUAAACAUACGUUUAGGCCUAGUUAUUUUGGUACCCAUAAAUAUAUUAUGAAUUUCUAUGAUUAUAUUAUGUAUUCUUAAUAUGAGAAUUGUUUUAAAUCCAGUGCUGUAUGUAAUAAAAUAUUAUUUAAGAA